GUUGAAUAUUCACACCACUUCCAGUACACUACAAGUUGAAGUAUAGGCUAUCCAGUUGAAGAAUGGGGGGACUGACUCUGACCCUGCUGCUGCUGUGUCUGUCUGGGACUCUCGGUGAAGAUGCUGGAGAAGACAACCUGAAUGACAUCAUGGAAGAGAUUCAUUCUGAACAGGGACACAACAUAGAGAAUGAAUACAAGACUCACAACCAACACUCUGAACAGGAACAGGACAUAGAAAGUGAAGUUAUUUUCAAACAGAAUCAAGCACCAUCCCUAGCAGAGACAAACGGUAGCUGCCAGCCAGACAUGUGUAACCUUCUUAGGCAUCUGGGAGCCAUGGAGGCCAGACUGACCACUGCAGAGAACCAGCUGGAAGAAUUGAGUAACAUGGAGGCUAUUGUUGCUCUUCUACAGAGAGAAACUGAAUUUCAAGCAGCCCAGCUCAGAGUCAUGGAGACCAAGCUGAGCACCAGUGAGAGCCUGAUCAAGAGCAUGAAGAGAGAGAAUGAAGUACAGGAGAGGAAGCUUCAAGUAUUUUCAUUUAGAGUCAACGCCACUGAGUUCAGAGUGGAGCAACAGCAAAUCCUCCUGGACGAACUGAGGAGACAGAAUGAAGACGGACCAAAGAUUGCUUUUACGGCAGCACUAGGAGGAGAUGGCCAUAUACCGCCCUCUGAGAGAGAGACCAACUUGGCAUUCAGCAAUGUCUUCACAAACGUUGGCGAUGCCUACAACCCUGGAUCAGGUAUCUUCAAUGCGCCAGUGAAAGGAGUCUAUUACUUCAGCUUCUCAUCAUUUGCCAAUAGCCAGCACAACGUCUGUGUAAGUCUGUUUAAGAAUAAUAUGCGCAUGUUGUCUGCGUGUGAUCAUCGUUCAGAGCAUGAUAGUACUGAUAGCUCUGGUAAUGGAGGGACACUACAUCUAGAACAGGGAGACCAUGUCUACAUGACUCUUCAUGCUCAUUCACACAUAUUUGCAGACUACCAUAAUCGCAGCACAUUCAGGGGCUUCCUGCUUUUUAGAACAUAAGGAUAAAUCCCAUGAAAACAAAAAUGGAACGUGUUUCAAAUGGCACACUAUUCCAUAUAUGGUGCACUACUUUUGACCAGGACCCAUAUAUCUCUGGGGAAAAGUAGUGCUCUAUAUUGGGAAUAGGGUACCAUUUGGGAUUUAGCCAUACUGUAUGUCAGCACAUUUCCAUGGGUAAAUACAAUGUUCAAAUUAGUAGAACUAAAAACAAAUGAUGACUAAUUCUGUCUGAAAAUAACUAUUCUGCAAUAAGAGUUUGUUUGUGAAAGUAGUGUGAUAUACAUUUUUUUUUUACUCUGUCCAAACUUUUUCUGAGGAUUGCUCUGUAAUAUUUUAGAGGAACUGAUAAAUGGAAAAUAAACACAUUUGAGAGAUUGUCAAAUGAUUCCAGAGUUAGCAUAUGUAUGUUGUGUGACAUAUAAAAUGGAAUUUAACUCAAAAUAUGAUGGAAUAAAUCUGAGAUAUUGUCAAAUCAAA